AGUUGUGAAGAGUAAUGUUUGUGAGGUGGAGAUCAGUUUCUUGCAGAGCCAUUUGACACCCAUGAAAGGCGUAUUUCUGCCCUGAGUGAGUCAGGUGACCAAGCGGUUGGAUACAGUCACAGGUUGAGAUCCUGUCUGCCUCCAGUGAGGAAGCACAGGGGGCAAGAUGACGUUCAUCGCCAAGACCUUCUACGACCUGAGAGCCACCACGCUGGAGGGGGACUCGGUGGAUUUCAAUGUGUUUCGGGGACGGGUGGUCCUGAUCGAGAAUGUGGCCUCUCUCUGAGGCACCACCACCCGGGACUUCAGCGAGCUCAACCAACUUCAGAGCAAGUACCCCCACCGGCUAGUGGUCCUGGGUUUCCCCUGUAACCAGUUUGGGUAUCAGGAGAACUGCAGCAAUGGUGAGAUCCUGAAUUCGCUGCAACAUGUGCGUCCUGGCGGCGGCUUUCUACCCAGCUUUACCAUCUUUGAGAAGUGUGACGUCAACGGGACACACACACAUCCAGUCUUUGCCUAUCUCAAAGAUAAGCUCCCCUAUCCUGAUGAUGACCCUACCUCCUUCAUGCAGGACCCCAAGUUUCUGGUUUGGAGUCCCAUCAGCAGGACGGACGUCUCCUGGAACUUUGAGAAAUUUGUCAUUGGGCCGGAGGGAGAGCCCUUUAAAAGAUACAGCAAAAAGUUCCCCACCAUUGAUAUUGAGCCUGACAUUCAGAGACUAUUAAGAUUAACCAAAACCUAAGAAUAGUCUCCACCUCUUAAUGACUUCUUAUCAAUCGCAGUCAAAGCUGAUAUGCUGUCCUCCUCACUUUUAAGCCUUAUUAAAUGACGGUGAUAUUCUGAAAAGCUAAGGGGAUAUUAUCUGAGGCCUUAUAAGUGCUUAAGAGUAGGGGAGUAAGCAGGGUAUUUCCUUAUGCAUGUCAUUCUGCUCCUUGUCCUACCAAAGUCUGGCCAGC